AUGUCGAAACGCUCUGGCUUAGGUGUGAUCACUAGCGAAGAGUUAUCAAAACCUUUAAAAUUGUCAAAGCCAUCUUUGGAUAGUGAUGAAGAAGACUAUAACGAUAAAGAUUGUUUCCGAUUACAUGAAGCAGAUAUAGAUGGUCAGGAAGCUACGACUUUAGAGUAUGAUGAUGAAGUUAAAAUAACUCCAUUUAACAUGAAAGAAGAGCUUGAGGAAGACGGACACUUCGAUUCUGCAGGCACUUUCAUUUUCAAGAAACAAGUUGAUGCUCGUGAUAAUUGGUUAGAAGAUAUUAAUUGGCUAGAAGUCAAGAAAAACCAGGAAAAGAAUUCAUUGAAAGACACAUCGAUAAGCGAUGAACUAGGCGGGAAAGUGCUAAGUAAAGAGGAGAAACUUGCUUUAUACCAAGAACUCUUAUCUUAUUUGCAACCUUCUGAAACCGUUCUGCGCAGUAUCAGACGUAUGGGUGCCUGUUCAGAUGCUAAGAAGUCCGCUUCAGCCAGCCAACGCUGGCUACGAAAUAAAAAUCCGAAAACUGAGACUCAGACGUAA